AUGCAGGCAGUGAAGAAGGCUGUAACCGACGUCGCCUUAGUGGAUGCCACACGACUGCGAAAGUUCCUCGAGGCUGGUCGCGGUCAGACGAUUGUGCUGACCGGUGCGGGCAUAUCGACGGACUCGGGCAUUCCAGACUACCGAGGACCCAACGGUGUUUACAUGCGCAACAAGGACUUCCGCCCGAUCCAGUUCCAGGAGUUUGUGACAGCGCACACGUAUCGACAGCGGUACUGGGCACGCAGUUUCCUCGGCUGGCCCAAAAUUCUCAACGCGCAGCCGAAUGGAUCGCACUACGCACUCACGGAGCUCCAACGCGCGGGCGCGGUCUCGAGCAUCUUGACCCAGAACGUAGACCGGCUGCACGCGAAAAGCGGCUCGCACAGUGUCGUGGAGAUGCAUGGAUCGUUGCACGAGGUGGAGUGUCAAGGGUGCGGCGACGCGAUCCCUCGUCAAAGCUUUCAAGACGCGUUGUGCGAGCUGAACCCAGAGGCUGCUUGGUGGUCGGUCAAACACCCGAUCGAGAAGACCAGCGACGCCCCCUCUAGUGAAAACGUGAACCCAGAUGGGGACAUCGACAUUUCGUGGAGCUACGACGAAUUCGUCUACCCAGCGUGCGGCAAGUGCGGCGGCAUUAUGAAGCCCAGGGUCGUGUUUUUCGGUGAGAACAUGCCGGGCAUUACUCGAACGACUACAGUGGAGCGCGUGAGCAAUGCAAGCGCGCUACUGGUCGUCGGCUCGUCGCUCAAGGUUUUCUCGGCCAUGCGCUUGAUCAACCAGGCGCACGCUCGCAAGAUCCCCAUCGCCAUUGUUAACUUGGGACCGACGCGAGCUGACGAGCUUUGUGAACUUCGCAUCGGUCAACCGUGCACACAGUUGCUCACUGAUGUAGCGGACCAUUGGUAG